AUGGCUCUGUGGACCCCUUACGCGGAGGAAGCCUUGGACUUGACCAAGGACAUAAAGCGGAGACAGUGCCACCACAUAGACAGCAAUUACUACAACUACGUGGAACCUUAUCGCGUGCCGCCUUCGCAGAUAUCCCCCGAGUCGGUGAAGAGUUGGAGUCAGGACUUCUACGAUGCGGAAUCGCUCUCCGAAGACCUGGAAUACCAGGCGUUCGAAAGGGACGCCCUUCAAGCGAUGGCCGAGCGAAACGGAGGAACUCUCCUCGGGAACAACCCCAGAAUGAAGCGCGCAGUUCAAAGUACCCAAGCAGAGGACGACAUGUACAGAAAGCAGAGGGAGAGGAACAAUUUCGCAGCGAAGCAGAGCAGAGAUAGGCGAAAGUUAAGAGAAGUUCGUUUGGCCUUUCAAGUGACGUUCCUGAAGAAGAAGUUGGCAGACUUACGAGCAAGGAUAGAAGACUCAGUGUGCGCAAGGUGCCAACAGAAAUGUCGCUGUUGA